UUUCCUCUCGGAGAUUUGAUAACUUCAUCUCGUGCCGCUUUGCAACUUUACCGUUUUCUUCUUUAUUCCUUCACUGUGUUGAAGUAGCUGACAAAUCCUUUUUCAGAGGAUGCGCUUCAGUGAUGCAACAGAUGUGAACAGCUGCGACAAUAUCUCCGUUUUGGAACCAGACCACCUUUUCUGUCGCUGAAGCUGGAUGAAAAGUAGCGAUCAUUCCUUUUAAAGAUAAACUAUUUUCAUGCAGAACAGGAUAUGUUGAUGUCAGUGUCGCUUGGCCCCGCUCCUCACCUACUGAAGCUUUCACCAUCCUCACAGUAAACCUGAAAUUACAGUUCCCUGCUGGAAUAUACUCAGUGAGCUCAAUUUUGAAUGAGCUAUUUUGAAAUCUGUUUUAAAGGACUAUAUUAAACUGUAUCAAAUCAAUUUUGAGGGAUUAUCUCAAGUCAAGCACUUAGGCUUGUGUGAAUAAACUUUUGUCGUUUUGAAAGCGAACAAUGCUUCAUUUAUCACCGUUUGAUUUCAAAAUCAGAUGAAACUAUGAGUGCUUUUCCCUGACAGGACGUGGAGGUCACUGCUGAAUAUGCAGGAAUUAGUGGGGCCUGCUAUGCCCAGAAAAUCCUCUAUUUUUGAUGGCUUCGCCCUCCUAUGGGGCAUGCUCUUUGGAAUAUUCCUUGCAAGUACACCAGUGAUGGCUUGUCCUGCAAGCUGUCACUGUAUAGAAAAGAGUGGCAUGACCGUGGUCCAGUGUAUGUCUCGCAACUUGGAGAAGAUCCCAUCUGAUCUUCCAAGAGAUACUGUCGUCCUUCUUUUGGCAUCCAACCACAUCACCCACAUCCCCAACCACGCCUUCAAAGAACUGAACUACCUUCAGGAGUUGGACCUGUCAAACAAUGACAUUGACACUGUAGACGUUGGAGCAUUUCAAGGUGUUUCUGACAGCCUCCUUGUUCUGGAUCUAUCAAACAAUCAUAUCCAAAGUGUCCCCAAAGAGGCAUUUGCCCGUCUUCGAGCGAAAAUCAGCCUCUCAAACAACCCAUGGCACUGUGAGUGUACACUGCAGGAGGUCCUGAGGGAGCUGCGGUUGGACCCCGAGACGGUGAAUGAGGUGAUCUGCCACACAGCGGUGCAAGAGGAAUAUGCAGGCAAACCGGUAAUCCAGGUGCUGGACUCAGGAAUCAACUUCUGCAACUUUCACCACAAGACCACUGAUGUAGCCAUGUUCGUCACCAUGUUUGGAUGGUUCACCAUGGUGAUUGCAUACGUCAUCUACUAUGUGAGACACAAUCAGGAGGAUGCCAGGAGGCACCUGGAGUACCUCAAGUCGCUGCCCAGCAGCUCUCAGAUCAGCAAGGACUUUGACACCAUCAGCACUGUUCUCUAGCAGUCCGCUCUGUGGCUCAGGAGUUGCGGUAUGUGUGUGUGUGUCACAAAGUAUGUGAGUAAAUGUGUGGUUUAACAUAGGGCUGCAACUAAUGUCAGUUAUUGUCUCAAGUAAUUGAAUAGUCUUUGGUCUUUAA